AUGGAAUCACUGGUAGAACGUUUAACGGCGGUUGAAGGUCGACUUGGUUUACCACCGAUUACCAAAUCGAAUCAAAAUUUAAGUCGAAAAUUGUCGUCGCUACAAAAACGUUUAAGCGAUAAUGGUUAUGGAUUUAUACUGAAAAUUCCUCCGAAACAAAUUCAAAAAGUUUACAAUUUUUCCAAUAAGUUGGAUGAAUGUAUAACUCGCGAUGAAAAAGAACGUGCGAUAGAAUUUGGUUAUGAUCGUAUGAUGGAAUUUAUUAGGUUAAUUAGCGAAUUUCAAAAGGGUUCUGAGGUAGUGUUAAAUUCAGUACAGCUCGCGACUGUAACAGAUCAUAAGCCAGCUUUGGAAGUUGCAGAAAACGAGUUGAAAGAAACAGCUAAUGAUGUUUCAGCACUUUGCAGUGAAAUUCUUGAACUUAAACAAAAUUUUAUUCGUAUAUUAAACGAACUACAAUUGCAAGUAAAAGAUUGGGAAAUUGCUAUAGAAGAGCUUGAAAAAUUGCAAAAUCAAAAUCAAAUGGAAUAA